AUGUGUUAUCGUGAUAAUAUCAAGAUCUACAAUCUACUUUAUUAUCAAUUUUACAAGCUGAUACUAAAUUUGAAUUAUGAAAAUGAAUAGAACUACAAUUCUUUGCCUUAGUUUAAAGGAUAAUAAUAUUAAUUUUCAUUUUUGGGAUAUGCUAUGAGAUUCUGGCGCUAAAUUGUAUUUGCUUCUAUUGUAGAUGGGAAGCCAAAUAAACUUGGCAGGCUAUUAUUAGACAGUUUUAGGAAUGUAGAAGAGAAAGAUAUGGAAAUCGAGAUUUAUAAAUAUAUUAUAGGAGCCAUAGAUUUAUGUUCAAAUGAAUAUACAAUUCAUUGGAUAGGCCAUAGUAAAAAUUUUUAGAUUGAGAAAUUUAUAAUUGAUAUCUCUAAUAAUGAGUUGAAUACAAUAGAUUUAAAGAAUAAUGCUUUUAAUUAGUAUCUAUUGUAAGUGAAUGAACAACUAGCUCAAUUUGUUUCAUAUUAUCCAACAUGGAUUUAUGAAAUUUAUUAUAUCCAAUAUUCUCUAGAUUUGAAGUUAAAAAAGUUAAUGUCAGAAAUAAAGGAAACUUAUAAAUUUGGCAAUGAAUCUCAAGAGAAGGGUUUAAUAACAUCAUAUUCUGAAUUAACUACUGGAUUUGGUAUCUUUUCGGAAGAUGAUAUCAAUGAUUAAUGGAGAAGAAUGGAUCUAUUGAUAGAAUUAGAUGCAAUGGUAUCCAUAAAACCCUCUUAUCAAAAACCCAAUGUUACAGAGGAGAAUAAACCAUACAAAGAUAUUUCCAUAAAAUUUUCUUCUUAAUUAAAACCAAUCAAUGAAAAAGUUAAAUCAAUUGAUAAGCAAUAUUAUUAAGAUCUUAAUGAACUUAGAUAAUAAUAUUGGAAGAAUUUACGCAAUAUUAGAAAAAGAAAUUAUAUAUUGGAAUAAAGAUUCCGAAACAGAGAAAUUGAUUAAAAUGGAACCCCUUACUAAUACAAUAAGCGAUAAGAAGUGAAAAACGAAAAUUUAAAAAAUUUUGUGUAGUCUUUGAAAUAAAUUGAAGAUUAUAGAUAAAUCAAAGAAAAGUUUCUUUAGCAGGUUGAUUUACAAUUAAAAAUAUGA